UUUCGGUGGUCUAACUCUAAUAAUACUGCCUGGAAUGCCCGAUCAGAUCAGUUCUUGUGUCUUAGCAGGUGGAAGCUUUCAAGCUGGAAGGUGACGGUGUUGUGAGCUUGUCACUUGUCUUUUGCUCAGGAGCCAUUGCGUCCGAUCAUCUAGAAGCAGGAGGAAAUGGCUCGCGGUCGCCACCACGUCGUGUCAGUUGUUCUCGGGUCGGAUGCCAUCGAGUACCAGAGCAGCAGCGCAGCCAUGAACCAGCACGUCGGCGAAAAACCGGCAGGCACGUCCAAGAAGGCUUCUGAUAACCUCAACAAAGAGUGUCAUGUGCAGUUCGGAGAGCCCGGCAGCAAGCGCGACUUCACUACCUCCAGCAAACUCGCAGACCCGACGGGGGAAGUGCUGAAGUACCGAGGGGAGCUGGAUGUGGAGGCGAUGGACAUGCUCACUCGCACAUCUUCGUGCUACGGCAACGACGUAGUGCCGUACGUUUCGUCGACCCAGCUCGCUACUCAAUGGGACAAGAAGGCAGUGGCGGAAACCAUAAGGCUGCGAAAUGAGAUUCGAGCUCGAACGGGUCCACGCCCAACACGGGGCAUGUCCUACGACGAUGAGGUCGAGUACGUUUCGGAAGCCAAAAGCGCCUUCGAGAACAAGUUCAAGACGCACAAGCCUUCGAUCAUGGCCGCGUCAGUGAAAAAUGGUGCGUUGGUUUUGGUGAUCCCAACGCGUCUCGUUUGUUUAUCGCUGCUAACGCUUUGGUGCUUGCGCAGAUUUACGUGCAACGCACUUCUCUUUGGGGCACGAGAAGCUCGACUACAAGACAUCCAGCCACAUCGAUCGCCUCUCUCCGGACCAAUUCACCACUUACGCAACGCGACCCUCGCCUCUUCACGACCUGAAGAAGUCCACGGUAGAAAUCUCGUAAAGCUAGCCCAGUCCGCUACAGCAACAACACUGAACAAGCAAUACAUCGCGUUUGAAAUGAUGAUAUUAUUGUUCGGAGCUUCGAAGCACCGCAAAUAUGUUCACGUGCGCCAGGGCGUGUACAAAAGUCUUGUCGCCAGGCAGGCGGGGCGUGGCAGGUCAGCUAGACGUUGAAGCUCUCGCCACAGCCACAGCUGCCCUUGGCGUUCGGGUUCUCGAACACGAACUCGGACGAGACCGGAGUUAUCUGCAGAAACCGACACCAUACGUUAAUUUAGCCUGCCUGCAUGAAUGAAUGAACCUUGUUCCGAUGGUCGAACCUGGAAGUCCAUGGUCGUGCCGACCACGUGGAAUAGUGCCUUGGGCUCCACGAACACACGAACUCCU